CUCCCCGCUCGUCUGUCAGUGUGUGAAGGUCUCCAGCCCUUCUCUCACUCCCCUCCCCUCUUUAUCCUCCCAUACUGCACAGCAGACCUUCUCCUCUCUUUACUCCGUCCCACCCGCACCUCCACCUCCUGCUACGCCUUCCGUCUUCUGCUCGCGACGGUUCCCGGGACUGCCGACAGCCAGGCCGCGGCCGGUCACUUCAACGUGUAUCAGCUCAGAGAGAGAGAGAGAAAGAGGGGGGAGAGAGAGUGUGUGUGUGAGUGAGUGUGUGUGUGUGAGUGAGAGUGAGUGAGUGCGUGUGCGCGCACCCGCCCGCAACCGGUCCAUUCGCGUUAUUUCUCCCACUAUCCCGCCUCGUUGUUCGGUCAUGACGCUGGAAGCGAUCCGCUACCGGGCCGGGUCUCUUCAGAUCCUGAACCAGCUGCUGCUGCCACACCAGACCGUGUACGAUGAGAUCCGCUCGGUGCAGGACGCUUACGAGGCCAUCAAGUCCAUGAAGGUGCGGGGCGCCCCUGCCAUCGCCAUCGUCGGCUGCCUCAGCCUGGCUGUGGAGUUGCGGGCAGGCGCCGGGGGUGAUGACCCUGUGACCUUCAUCAGGGAGUCUCUGUGUCACCUGACCUCAGCCCGGCCCACCGCUGUCAACAUGGGCCGCGCCGCCCGCGAGCUGAUGGAGUUUGCUGAGAACGAGAGCAUGGAGAAGAACUCGGAGCAGCUCAGAGAAAGUGUAAUUGCCUGGAUCGAAGACAUGCUGGAGCGUGACGUCAAUGACAACAGGAAGAUCGGUAACUAUGGUGCCCAGCACAUCCUGUCUGGCGUCCCGAGGGACGCUGUGACCAUCCUCACGCACUGCAACACCGGCUCGCUGGCCACAGCUGGAUAUGGGACCGCACUCGGUGUGGUGCGAAGCCUCCAUGCUCUGGGCCGGCUGAAGCGUGUGUACUGCACGGAGACGAGGCCGUACAACCAGGGAUCCAGACUGACGGCCUAUGAGGCGGUCGCAGAAGGAAUCCCUGCUACACUUAUCACAGACAGCAUGGCAGCGCUCACCAUGAGAGAAAUGGACAUCACAGCUGUGGUGGUGGGUGCAGAUAGGGUGGUUGCCAACGGUGACACAGCCAACAAGGUGGGCACGUACCAGCUGGCCAUCGCCGCAAAGCACCACGGGAUUCCCUUUUAUGUGGCGGCACCCAGCACAUCGUGCGACUUGAGCCUGGAGAGCGGCAGGGACAUCAUCAUCGAAGUGCGCCCCCCUGAGGAACUCACCAGCAUAAAUGGAGUCCCCAUUGCUGCCCCUGGUAUCGAGGUGUGGAACCCGGCGUUUGACGUGACCCCUCAUCAGCUCAUCACAGGAGGCAUCAUCACAGAGCUGGGAGUCUUCCUCCCCUCUGAGCUCCAGGCGGCACUCACCGGCCGCCUCACUGCCCUCUAAAGCCACUCAGCCCCUCCCGCUGGUCCGUGUGCACCGCUCCACCUUAAUGUCACACACCGAAAGACACUCAUUUCAUUACACGACACACACACACAUAGUUGUGGUUUCAUUUGAUUUUGGUCAACACACAGCCACUGUUACAUGUCAGUGGUGCACACAGAGGGAAACGUGUUCUUCAGUCUGUUACUCACCCACACACGAAGUCACUGCAGGAGUCAAGCAGACACACGAGCAGUCCCCCUUUUCUUUUUGUCCCGCAUUGUUAUCUGUGGUCUCUCCAUUCCACCUUUUCCCAAGUUUUCCGUUCUGUCUUUCAUUCUCUCGUGCCGCCUCUUUGUCUUUCUAAAUGGCUUCUUUGACAAGUAAUAGUGCUCAGCUGGACUCAAUCCCAUAAAUUCUAUUUGGCAAAGAAUUUUUAUGAGUCGUCACUGAGGUAAUUUUUCAGGGCUUCGUCAACUACAAACAAAAAUGCUAAGUGGCAGGACUUAAUUUUUUUUGUGAUUAUUUCAAAAGUAGUGGUUCAUAUCAGCCAUGGUUUCUAAAAUGCUGCUACCCACUUGUAAAUAUACAUAUCCUUGCUGGUAGUCUGUACAUAUGUAGAAAUCUAACCCCUGCUAGUAAAAGGUACUGCUAUUUUAACCAAAUAUUUGGUUAUUUAAAAUUAAAGUUGACAUCAAAAAUGUUAUAUUAACAUUUAAUUUCUUUGAUUCUGUGUAGAAACCUUUUGUAGAGGAGUAAUUCAAAUUUAUAGCUCAUAGAUUUUCACGAGAAAUUUUUAGUGAUAUGAAAAAUCGUAUUUCACUCUUUUUACCCUGUGCGGCAAAAUUUUGAACAAAUGGAUUUUCUUGAUUGGUCCUCGUUGGUCAGCUGAAGCCUAUGACAAUACAUGGCUGCAUUUAUACCUCACUCCUUGUUUGCGUCUUGCUUUUCCCGGCUGUGCCGUAGCAUACCACACUUGUAUUCUCAUAAUGUACUUAUAUAUAUAUAUGUAACCAUACUUAUUUCAGCACCAUAUAAAUAUUCACCAUACUGCACAGGAUGCUCUGUAAAAAAAGUCUUUAAAAGGGAAAUUGUGUCACUUUUGACGAGGUCUGCCAUGCUGUUGUAUUUCUGUAAUACAGGCAUCACUAUUAAAGGCAUAGUUCACCCCAAAAUAAAAGUUUGGUCAUCUGCUCGCAUGCAUGACAGUCCAGGCUUUACUCAUGUUUGUGCAGCCACAAAAUACUUAUGUUGCCUCUUCUUGUUUAGUCAGGCUUGUCCAAAAUUAUUUUUCCAAUAACAGGUCAAUAAUUUACAGCCAAGAAAAAUGUAAAACAAAAAAAACUCUCUAAUCUCUUUAGUUCUCUGUGUUUUCUAAAGCCUGAGUGAUCAACCAGGGCAUCAGUAAAUAAAUGCAAGAAAGACUGAAUAUUGGACUUUUAGGCUGCGCAAAUCAUUAUUUUUGUAUUAACAAUGGAAGACAUGACUACAUGUAAUGUGAAGGUGUGACAGACCCACAGAGAGUUAUCACUCAACUGUUCCGUUAUCGUUAGCGCUCUGGAGUAUUUUAGCUUCUUUCAGCUCAUGUUUUGCUUCGCGCUCUCAUCACCCACUGUACACCACCAGCUGAGCACCACGCUGCAGAGAGCUGAGUUCAUGACUGGUAGCUGGUUGGUGAACGUGGUGGAGCACUGAGCAGCUAUAGAGUCGGAAAUUUCCCCCAGGAGUUGGUGGAGACCAAAAGUGAGCAACUGAGAGUAAACAUUGGACUUACAUUUAUCAGAUGGAUAAUUCCAAGCAAAUGGUUAUGUUGUUCUGUGUCCACAGGAUGAGUGGAUAAGCAACUGUUUGCUAAAGUGUCCACCUUAACAACUUUAUAAGGUGGUGAUAUGUCAAAGUUGUAUUGACAGCUUGUUGCACUGCCCCCAAGUGGCCAAAAAUAUAAGGGAAUGCAGGUUUAAUGAGCCACAGUGUUGACAUGUGUUUGUCAGUGAUUACUCAGAAGUCUUAAGCCAUACACACUUCAGGAUUUCUCACAGCCUGAUGUGUGGUUGAGCAGUAGAUGACUUCAUGUCUUUAUUUUGGGGUGAACUUGUCCUGUGAGACUGGGGGGGGGGGGGGGUCCUCUCCACACUGCAGUAUCUGUCUCUGCGACACAUAGCGUGAUGCCACCAACUAUCAGAAUGUAAUUUUCACCUGAGAUGAACUUGCUUUUGUUUGGGGCUGUGAUCAGGACAAACUUCAGACACUCAGUCACUUCUUGCCUUUGUGUUCUGUUCAGAAUGUGUUUCCACUGUUUGGAUCGAUCCCUCCUCUUAACUUAGAUGCAGUCUCACUGCAGACUGACUUCCAGCCCAUCGGACGACUCCGUGGGUGGAUGAAGACAGGUAGAUAUUAUGGACUACACAAAGAGCUUUCUCCAUGCUGAUUGGCUAACAUUUCGGCUCCUGUUAGCCAUGAGUUUGCCACUCAUUGAACCUGAAGACGACCGAGAAGAAUUGUAGAGCAAAAAUUGUGGCAGAAAAAAAAUCCCAUCAUGUUGGAGAUUGUCUGAAAUGAUUAGACAGUUAAAUUAACUUUGACAUUUUGCUUAAAAAAUAACUAACAUUUAUUGGUUGCUGCUUUUUCUAAAUGUGAAUAUUUGCUAUUUUGCUCAGUUUUAGAUCACUGUUAAUGGAAUAUCUUUUGACUGUUGGUCAGACAAAAUUUGAAGAUGUCACCUUGGGAAAUUGUGAACAAUCCUCAUUAUUUUCUGCUGAAAUCAAAUAGAAAAAUUGACAUAUUACUCAAUAAUGACACUGAUAAUGAACUGUAGUCCUGCCCUCAUCAACAAUGUGAGCAACCAGUUGUAAAACCUGACAGUGACCAAGUAUUUACGCAGAAUCAGUCAACUUGACCUCAUCUUUAGUGUCUCAAGUCAGUCCCAGGUUUUGUGUGUGAACGGUGUGUAACUGAGUUUCUGCAGUUUUGUCACCUGGCCAGUGAUCCUACGAUACGUUUGUUGUUUUAAGAGGCUCCAUAGAAAAGUCCCAGACGUGUCGAGCUGUAUGGGACACACCUACUCGCUGUACUGAAUGUCACAGGGCCAGACUCGGGGGCCCACACUGGUCACUGCCUUACAGGUGCAGCACCAAUAUAGCUCACUGAUCAGAACCAGAGAGACAGCUGACCCUCAGUCUUUCCUUCACACUGGUUUAUGUCAUGUCACCAGACCGCCAUCUCCUCAAGCUCAGCUGACGGAGAGGUCUGGCCACAUUAUUCGCCAGUCUACGUUCUUAACACCCCUUCUGACCUCACACGCUGCCCUUGUGGACUUUGUCAUUCACUUCACCUCAACAGGUGAUAAAUUCACUAAGUUACGUUCUCUACAGGCCCACUGAGAGGAAGAAAACACCCUAAACAAAGCUUAAUGUCACUAAUGAUAAGAAUUGCAGUAUUCAGAGUGUCAUUGUCCAUAUCUCGCUGUAAUAUAAGCUCACCUCUUCCUUCGCUCUCAUCUUUCUCCUCGUCACUUGUCCUUUGUCCACUCAUCAAACCUCAACUCACGAAGAUGCUGUUGGGUAACACGAGCAUAAAAGACACUUGCGUAUUUGAAUUUUCUUUCUUUUCCUUUGUACAGUUUAAGACGUCACAUGUUUGGGGGCAAAUUAAGACAGUGUUCCAGACAUAUGUAGCAACUUUGUGGCCAUCAGACCCGCCACAUAUUAUUUCUUUCUUAAUCUUUAAGGGGGUUAUGAGGUUUUUGUUUGUCUGUACAUCAUUAUUAUAGCUGUUUGGCUGUGGUUCGUUCUUUUAUUUCAUGACAUUGUGAUUCCUAGUGACUAGGCCAUUAGUACACCACACUGGGGAGGCCUCCUCAACCAUACACACUACCUCUCCGUCUGCCUACACGGACUCAAACACUGAAAUGCAUGAACACAAGCACUCAGCGUGCCAGGCUGCAGCAGAGCAGAUUGACAGAUUGUGGAAAAACAAAACAAAUCUGGACUAAAAUUCUCCACAUCUUUCUAAUGUUUGGAACUUGAACUCAUAGUGAAAAAUAAUUUGUGGUGGUGCUUUUAGUUUGCCAAAGUAGCCUAGAUUCAGGCAAGUGUGUUAUGUUGGGUUGCAGCUGAAUCAGUCUGAAUUACACUAUGUUUUUUACACCAUACUUUUGAAAAGCAGCAAUAUAGUACUGUAUUUAAAAAGCUGUUCCACCAACCUCCCCUCGAGAUGCUCAGCACAUGCCUAGUAAUCAGGUGCCAAAAUUCAGCGCCACUUGCCACAUAUCUUUGCCACAUUGAUUUGACUAAUAAAAGCAAGUGCUUAUGUAUUAUUCUCAAUGAUUCGUAUGGCCUGCAGUUACCGUGGAAGGAGAGUUGUUCAGAUGGCCUCUUUAAGUGCAAGUAUGUUAUUGUUGUUAUUGAUAAUCACUUGAUCUGAGUUUAUUUUGUAACGUGGAAAUAGUUCAAAACUGGAUUUUUUUUAUAUAUACGUAUAUGAAUAUAAUGCUGUAAAGUGCAGUCAUGAAUUACGAGAUUUCUCUUUCACAUCAAUACAGUAAAAAAAUAAAACCACAGUGAACUGA